UCAUGCUGCUGCCAGGUCCAGAGUGUCUCAUGGGUCCCUGUACGGCCUCCCAUUGCUGCUGUCUCCAUCGCCACACUCUGCCAUGUGCCAUUUUCAGGUCUCCUCACACUGCUGGUGUGUUCCAUUUUGUCAUAGGGUGCUGGCAGAUUACGGGCCUCCCAUUGCUGCUGCCAGGCCCGUAAUCUGCCAUGGGCCCCCGUACCGCCUCCUCAUGCUGCUGCCAGGUCCACAGUGUCUCAUGGGUCCCUGUACGGCCUCCCAUUGCUGCUGUCUCCAUCGCCACACUCUCUGCCAUGUGCCACUUUCAGGUCUCCUCACACACUGCUGGUGUGUUCCAUUUUUUGUC